CUCCACAGCUUGAUCCAUUCUUCAGACAGUAUAAGAUGGCCCAAGCCUUGACCCAAAUGGAAGAAAAUGCAAUGAUGCUCCUUGAUGUAUUCAACACAUACACUCCUAGAAAGCGUGAAGUAGACAAGCUGAAUAAAGGAGAGUUGAAACAGUUACUCAACGAUACCUUCCCAAAUUUCCUCAAGGCAAUGAAGAGACAUCCUUCAUUCGAUUACUUCUACAACAUGGAGGAGGAAAUCAGCUUUGAAAACUUUAUGGCCCUGAUAGGAAGAAUCACACAAAUGGUGGGAGAGGAUGCCCUCCAACAUUAGCAUGGUCCCACCAAUGAGCCAGGCCUUGAAAAGGGUGUAUGUAUCCAUGGCCAGAGCUACUAAACAGGAAUUCAAGCCACUUUGCAUCUACCUGACCAAUGCUACAGGGAAUGUUAUGUCACAGGCUUUGGUUAUGGACCAGGGGCAAAAGGGGAAAUAAAG